AAUAAGUAAAUUAAUAUUUUGUUUUCAAAUAAAAAAUAUUAUUACUUGAAUGAAAAGUCUAAAUUUUGGAAUGAAACGAUUUUUCGAAGAAUUUUAAUUCCCUAACGUUAAUAAACUGUUCUGAAAUAAAAUGCACGUAUAAAUUACAUAUAUUUUCUUCUGUUUCAAAUCAAAGUCUUAACUCAUAGCUCCACUCAAUCUCAAAGUUCAAAAGUUAUUGUAGAAUACAAUGACUAGAACGGUGUUUGAACGAAAACAAUAUUUAAUCUUUGUUAUCUGUGAUGUUUGAACUCAUCUAUUUAUGAAUUUAAACGUUGUUGUAAAUUAAAAAUUAUUACAGAAUAAAUUUUAAUAUUCAUACAUUUUGUUUCUACAAUUACAGGCGUUUAUUUAUAAUCGAAAUUGAAAUAUAUAAAAACUUGUAUAAUGUCGCUCAAAUUAUAUUGUGACCUUAUGUCGCAACCUUCUAGGUGCCUUUAUAUUUUAUUAAAAAGUACAAAAUGUAAUUUCGAGCCAAAAUUUGUGGAUCUUCGUAAAGCUGAACAUUAUUCAGAAGAAUAUAAAAAAAUUAAUAGAUUUCAACGAGUGCCAGUGAUUGAUCAUAAUGGAUUUGUUUUAAGUGAAAGUGUUGCUAUACUCAAGUAUCUUGCCCGUGAAAGAAUCAUACCAGACAAUUUAUACCCAAGAGAGUCUCAAAAACAAGCCCGUGUGGAAGAGUUUUUGGAAUGGCAACACAUCGAGUUGCGGAUCCCUUGUGCCAUGUAUUUUAGGACCGCAUACUUAGAUCCAGUCGUGUUUGGCACAAAAGUAACUCCAGCAAAAAUAUCGGGCUUUGAACAACGUAUGGAGUUAGCACUAGAGAACUUCAGCACCAAGUGGUUAGGGCGUGGUAGUGACUUCGUCACGGGGAAUACUAUAACCGUGGCCGAUUUGAUAGCGAUUUGUGAGCUGGAACAGCCAAGAAUGGCGGGUUAUGACCCGAGAGAGAAAUAUCCCGCAAUUAAUGAGUGGUACCAAAAAGUGCGCAAUUAUUUCAACCCGUAUUACGAUGAAGCACAUGUUAUUGUUAAUAAAAUCAUUGCGAAACAACCAAAAGUUGCCGCUAAACUUUAAUAUACUCGAUCCGCAUCUAAUCGAACGCGGGUAACAAGAAGGGUAUAUUAAGGUUUCUUUAGGCUCGGCCACGCGUACGUGACAUCCCUGGUGUUACAGACGUCCAUAGGCUAUCGUAACCGUUUACUAACAUGGACCAUAAUAUGCUUGUUUGCCACCUACGUAGUAUAAAAAAGGUGUAAAUACAAGGGAAAAAAAAUUGAUAGAUUGUAGUAUAAAAGUGGGGGCCAGGCGGCUUAGUUUUACGAAUUUAAAUAUAUUAAAUACCUGAUGUAAUAUUUUAUGAUAGUUACUUUGAUAUAAUAUGAUAUUUACUUUGAUAUUUUCUGGUUGCAUUAGGGCAUUGCAUACAAAAUUGCGCCUUAAUAAUAUUCAUAGGCGAAGCAAAAAUUGUAUGUAAAAUCAAGUAUUUUUUGUUAUUGCCAUAAACAUUGUUAAAUUCUAAUGAAAUGUAAAUAAAAUAGAAUGUCAAUACAGUGCUUAUUAUUAAUCCGUCAAAUAAAGUCAUCAGUUAAAAUUAAUAUCCUGAUAAUCGUUUAUGAACAGUUAAAAUUCUAAUGUAAGUCACAAACAUCUUAAUUCACAACAACACACAAAUCUUAUUUACUUUCCAAAAUAAAUCAAAAGAAAACCACCUAAACGAAGUCGUUUAGUGAAAUUUAAAAAGUCUAAACAAAAUCGGGCACCGUUUAUUUUGACCUAUAUAAAAAACCUUACUAUGUCCGGCUUUAUCAGGACGCUUGCCAACCCUAUAAACAGGUAAGGUAAUUUUUCCAUGAACUUUGAACGGCGCGGCGAAUGUCACCGUCAUUGCAAUGGUCGGUCCUAUUAUACAUUUUUUUAAAUAUGUCACGCAAAAAGGACUUCGUAUUUGUGAAAUUGUAAUACAUAUUGUAAAUCAUAAUAUUAUAGAUAAGGUAAUAACCCAAAUAAUGUGUAAUAGCAUUUUAUAAUGUUCGUAAGAGAUAAUAUUUUCGUACUUGUUAUGAUUGUUUAUGUAAUGU